AAUUUCCAAAGGGCCAUUUUAAAAAGCCUUGUAAAAUUCUGUAAGGAAGAAAUGCAGAUUUCAGUUUUCAUAAUUGAUGCAUUUACCAACCAACCCUUUGGUGGGAAUCCUGCUGCUGUUUGUCUUCUUGAAGAUGAGCUGGAGGAAAGUUGGCAUCAAAAAAUUGCUGCAGAAAUGAACCUCUCAGAAACAGCAUUCAUCAGAAAACUGCACCCCACAGAUGACUUCACCAAAAGUUCCUGUUUUGGAUUAAGAUGGUUUACACCUACAAAUGAAGUCCCUCUGUGUGGCCAUGCUACGCUUGCAUCUGCUGCUGUAUUAUUCCAUAGGAAAAAUAUGAAUCCCACCCUCACUUUCAUAACUCUUAGUGGAGAAUUAAAGGCCAGGCAAGCAGGAGAUGAGAUUGUCUUGGAUUUGCCACUUUACUUCACUUAUCCACAGGAUUUCCAGGAAGUAGAAGAGUUGGUAAAGGCAGCAGUGGGGGAUAUGAACAUUCAAGAGGUCCGUUAUUCUCCUGACACAAAAAAGCUACUUAUCUGUCUCAGUGAGGUGUAUGAAAGGUAUGAUCUAGAGAAAUUAAAAGUGGAUCCCCAACGUCUUUUGCUGGCCGACAAGACCGGAAAAAUAAAAGGAGUAAUAAUCACAGUUAAAGGAGAUCAUCAUAAAAAUCAUGGCAGCUAUGAUUUUUACUCUCGUUAUUUUGCACCAUGGAAUGGCAUUUCUGAAGAUCCUGUCACAGGGUCUGCCCAUGCUGUACUAAGCAGCUACUGGUCAGAGCAACUGGGGAAAGACAAACUAUGCGCAUUUCAGUGCUCCAGUCGUGGGGGAGAGUUGAAGAUUCUGCUCCGGCAAGAUGGAAGAGUAGACAUCGGGGGACAAGCAUGCUUUGUGUUAGAGGGUUUUUUGUCUCUCUGAAAAACAAUUAAAA